GUUUUUUUUAUAAACAUAGUUACAAAAUUUGUUCUCUUCGUUGUAAAUCAGUUGCCAGUACGGAGGCGCUUUUUUUAGCACGUGAAAAUUUAUUUUUUAAAACGUGAAUUAAUUAUUGAGCACGUCAGUUUAAUUCCAUAAAGGUUCUGUGUUAAAAAAUGCCAUCUGAUGCAAAAAAACGCGAUGCUCAACGCAAAAAGGAUGCCAAAAAUAAAAAAAUCCAGCAGGUUUCUUCGUCUAAAAAGGGAAUAGCAGUAAACGGCACUAAUGGCGUAACUGAAACUCGUGAAAUGACUGAAGAAGAGAAAUUGUGCGCCAAAUUGGAAGAAGAAGCCAGGAUUAGCGCUGAAGCUCGCUCCUGUACUGGUUCAUCGGCAGUGCAUCCACGCUCUCGAGAUAUUAAAAUGGCUAACUUUUCCAUAACAUUUUUUGGAUCUGAACUUUUGCAGGAUACUAUGCUUGAGCUAAAUUGUGGGCGACGUUAUGGCUUAAUUGGUCUAAAUGGUUGUGGUAAAUCUUCGUUACUAUCUGUGCUUGGUUAUCGUGAAGUCCCCAUACCAGACCAUAUAGACAUAUUCCACUUAACACGCGAAAUACCUGCUAGUACCAAAAGUGCAUUAGAGUGUGUUAUGGAAGUGGAUGAAGAACGUAUUAAACUUGAAAAACUCGCUGAAGAGUUAGCAAUGAGCGAAGAUGACGAUGCACAAGAGCAACUGAUUGACAUAUACGAGCGCUUAGAUGAUAUGUCUGCAGAUCAAGCUGAAGCUAAGGCGGCCCGGAUAUUGCAUGGUCUUGGCUUCGAUAAAGCUAUGCAGCAAAAACAAGCUAAAGACUUUUCAGGCGGUUGGCGUAUGAGAAUUGCUUUAGCACGCGCUCUGUUUGUCAAACCUCAUUUAUUGUUACUUGACGAACCUACAAAUCAUUUGGAUUUGGAUGCAUGUGUAUGGCUUGAAGAAGAACUUAAAACAUAUAAACGUAUACUUGUACUUAUAUCGCAUUCUCAAGAUUUCCUCAAUGGUGUCUGUACUAAUAUUAUUCAUAUGACCAAAAAGCGACUUAAAUAUUAUACCGGCAAUUAUGAGGCAUUUGUACGCACAAGAAUGGAAUUAUUAGAAAACCAAAUGAAGCAAUAUAAUUGGGAGCAAGAUCAAAUAGCACAUAUGAAGAAUUAUAUUGCAAGAUUUGGUCAUGGUUCUGCAAAACUGGCACGUCAAGCACAAUCAAAGGAAAAAACUUUAGCUAAGAUGGUGGCCCAAGGUUUGACAGAGAAAGUAACAGAUGAUAAAAUAUUAAACUUCUAUUUCCCAUCAUGUGGUAAAGUGCCACCACCCGUAAUAAUGGUGCAGAACGUUAAUUUCCGUUAUAAUGAAACCACGCCAUGGAUUUAUAAAAAUCUUGAAUUUGGUAUCGAUUUAGAUACUCGUUUAGCUUUGGUUGGUCCUAAUGGUGCUGGCAAAUCGACCUUACUUAAAUUGUUAUAUGGUGAUUUAGUUCCAACAUCAGGCAUGAUACGUAAAAAUUCACAUUUACGUAUUGCACGCUACCAUCAACAUUUACAUGAAUUACUGGAUCUGGAUGCUAGUCCACUGGAGUAUAUGAUGCGUGCUUUUCCUGACGUUAAGGAAAAAGAGGAAAUGCGUAAAAUUAUUGGUCGAUAUGGACUGACAGGCAGACAACAAGUAUGUCCCAUUAGACAGUUAUCAGAUGGUCAACGUUGCCGUGUAGUAUUUGCCUGGUUAGCUUGGCAAGUUCCACAUUUAUUGCUACUCGAUGAACCUACUAAUCAUUUGGAUAUGGAAACUAUUGAUGCUUUAGCGGACGCAAUUAAUGACUUCGAUGGUGGAAUGGUGUUAGUUAGUCACGAUUUUCGUCUGAUUAAUCAGGUUGCCGAAGCAAUUUGGAUCUGUGAGAAUGAGACAGUAACUAAAUGGAAUGGUAACAUUCUAGAUUACAAGGAUCAUCUCAAAAAUAAAAUCUCAGACGAAAAUGAUCGAAAGAAGAAAUAAGUAUUUUUAUUUAAAGAAAUUAGUUACACGAAUUUGCAAAUUAUUAAUUUGAACUUAUAUUCUUUAUGGUAAUAGAUAAACUAUUUAAAUUAUAUACAAAUUUUUGUGAUUUAGCAAAUAUUUAUUAUUGUAUUUUCUUUAAACUAUAAAACAUUAGAAGGCACACAAA